CCACUGUCUCUGGGGAGCUAUGGAUGUUGUGCCAUUGGCACCACAGACGAGGGCAAUGUGGUGCAGAGAGAUGGAGUGGCUCUUAUGUGUGAGUGAUUCCAUGGUAGAGCUUGUGCCUUCCAUACAACAAUUCCCCUGUGGAGGCACAUAUGAAGUAAUGGCAACAAGGCCAUGGUCAGAUUUGUAUAUGAAUCUCCCUGCACUCAAAAAGCUUGAUGCUAUGUUAAUAGUGGAAGGCCUUCAAUUAGGCAGGAAGAGAAGUGGUGGCUCCCGAACCCAAAAGUUCCUCCAAAAGGGUUGUCACUUGUCAGUGGAUGCAAGGAAGAGGUUGCAGCAAUGCAGGGAUUGUACCAACCAGAUACUGAAGGCAGCCUUGGCAAUCAAUAGCAAUGUGCUUGCUGAGAUGGAGAUUCCUAAUGCUUACUUAGAAACUUUGCCCAAGCUAGCAACGGUGUGA